AAAAUAAUCAAAUAAAACUUUGUACUAUAAAACAUCAUCCUUCAAGCUUCUCAUGAUCCACUAUAUAUGUAUGCUCGAUCAGUUACCUUUCACACCCUGCCCCAUAUAUAUUCCUCUUUCUUUAGAUGAGCUAAGUAUACAACAUAUAUUUAGUAAUGUAUAUACUAUAGGUUCCUUUAAAUCUCUAUUUUUUCUGUCUCAUCAAGAAUUAUAUCAUUGAAAAAAAUAAAAUGGGGAAAAAUUUAUUGCCUUUAUUUCUGAUGGUGCUAGUGCAAUUAGGUGCUGCUGGAACAGCAAUUAUAUCAAAAGUUGUAAUGGAUGAUGGGAUGAAUCCUUAUAUACAUUUGUCUUAUCGACAGAUUUUUGCAACCAUUUCUAUUGCACCCUUUGCUUACUUCAUUGAGAGGGAAACAAGACCUAAAUUGACGCCAUCUACGCUUUUUCUUAUUUUUUUGUGUUCGAUUUUUGGGAUAACUGGAAUGCAAAUGACAUAUCUUAUAGGAUUAAAGAAUUCCACAGCAACUAUUACAACUGCCCUUGCUAACUUAGUUCCAGCAAUUACUUUCCUUCUUGCCGUCCUUUCCGGGCUUGAAAAAGUAGGAUUGAGAAGUAAAGCAGGGCAAGCCAAAGUGUUGGGGACAAUAUUGUGCAUUUGUGGAUCUAUGUUGCUAUCAUUAUAUCAUGGCAAAGUGUUGAUUGGACAGUUGAGGAUUCAUUGGAAAUAUUCACAACAUGAUACAAGCAAAAACAUUAUUGACCCUAAUAACAACCAUGGCAACUUCUUCUUGGGGCCCUUUCUAGUCAUUAUCAGCACCGUCGUUUACUCUUUAUGGCUAAUCAUACAACCUAGAGUGAAUGAGAGGUAUGCAGCUCCAUACUCUAGCACAGCUUUGAUGUGCUUCAUGGCAAGCUUGGAGUGUACAAUUGUUGCCCUUUGUGUUAAUCGUGACAAAAAUGCAUGGUCUUUGAACCCCAUCAGAGCUAUUUCUGUUCUUUAUAACGGAAUUAUAAGCUCGGCACUAGCAUUCUAUCUGAUUACAUGGUGCAUAAAAAGGAAAGGACCUCUAUAUGUCUCUAUAUUCCUCCCCAUGCUAUUAGUCUUUUCUGCCUUCCUCAGUUGGACACUACUUGGGGAGAAGUUAUAUACUGGCACAAUCAUGGGAUCAAUGUUGACUGUUAUUGGACUGUAUGGUUUUCUAUGGGGGAAGAAAAAGGAGAUGGAGCAUAUUAAGGAGGAGGUGGUUUUUAAUAAGAAGAAUCAGUUGACAAAGGUUGACUUGGAAUUGCAAUUCUCAGAAAAUUCAAAACAGAACUCCAUGAAUGUCCAAACCAAGAUAUGACUAUUUAUAUUACUUUUAAGAAUUGAUCAAGCAAAUUAAAUGCUUUUAAAAUUUCAAUGUAACCAUUACAUUGUCAUUUAAUUUCAUGUGGCAGUACGUUGAACAAUAGACCACUACAUAAAUGCAUGCAGUUGUUUACGAA